CUCGCUCGGGGGUCGCAGUUUACCGUGCUUCAGGCCGCGCACGCGUAGUGCAGUGGGCCGCCAUCGCCGCUCGGUGUUCGAGGCUGCGAGAGCCUGUAAGGCAACGCUGCGCAGCAGGGUCUGGUACUGCUGACUUCUCUUGGUUACCCUGUUAUACUUGCCAUCUUUGCUGAGUUCUUGGCUAGACACAGUUAUAUUUCUGUGGCAGCCUGGGAAGAUGCUGCCUUUGGAGAGGGUAUUAGCCUCCCCUAGAAGCUCCCCACCCCAACCAGAACCAUCUACUCUGUGGUCAGAAGAUACAGCCCAGCAGGAAGAACCUAGCCAGCAGGAGGAAUGCAGGAGGCAGGAUGAACUCAUUCAGAAAGAGGAACCCAUCCAGCUGCUGGAACCUAGUCAGAGGGAUGAGCCCAACCAGAGGGAAGAAUUCAGUGAGCAGGAUGAUCCUCCCAACCAGGGGGGAGAACUCAGUGAGCAGCAAGAACCUAGUCUGUGGGAUGAGCCCAAUCAAGAGGAAGAGUCUGUCCAACUGCAAGAACCCAGCCAGAGGGAAGAACCUGACCAGAAGGAUGUACCCAUGCAGCAGGAAGAACCCAUGCAGCAGGAUGAGCCCAGCCAGUGGGAAGAACCCAUGCAGCAAGAUGAGCCCAUGCAGCAGACAGAGCCCAUUGAGCAGCAUAAACCCAUCCAACAGGAGGAACUCAUCCAGCAGGAGGGACCCAUUGAGCAGGAUAAGCCCAUCCAACAGGAAGAACUCAUCCAGCAGGAGGGACCCAUUGAGCAGGAUAAGCCCAUCCAACAGGAAGAACUCAUCCAGCAGGAGGGACCCAUUGAGCAGCAUAAACCCAUCCAACAGGAGGAACUCAUCCAGCAGGAGGGACCCAUUGAGCAGCAUAAACCCAUCCAACAGGAAGAACUCAUCCAGCAGGAGGGACCCAUUAAGCAGCAUAAACCCAUCCAACAGGAAGAACUCAUCCAGCAGGAGGUAUCUAUUGAGCAGGAUAAGCCAAUCCAACAGGAAGAACUCAUCCAGCAGGAGGGACCCAUUGAGCAGCAUAAACCCAUCCAACAGGAAGAACUCAUCCAGCAGGAGGGACCCAUUAAGCAGCAUAAACCCAUCCAACAGGAAGAACUCAUCCAGCAGGAGGGACCUAUUGAGCAGGAUAAGCCCAUCCAACAGGAAGAACUCAUCCAGCAGGAGGGACCCAGUGAGCAUGAGCAGGAAAAUGAACAGGAGGAGCUCAGCCAACGGAAAGAGCUUAGCCAGAAGGUUCAACCCAACCAACAGGAGGAGCUCAGCCAACAGAAAGAGCUUAGCCAGAAGGAUCAACCCAAACAACAGGAGGAGCUCAGUCAACAGGAAUUACCUAGCCAGCAGGAGGAACCCAACCAACAGGAAAAGCCUCAUCAGCGGAAGGAAACAGAAACCAUCACUGAGAGAUCUGCUGCUGACCUUGAGUUCUCCCGCCUGCGCUUCCGGGAGUUUGUCUACCAGGAGGCAGCUGGGCCUCACCAGACUUUGGCCAGCCUUCAUGAGCUAUGCCGUCAGUGGCUGAGGCCGGAGGCCUGCUCCAAAGAGCAGAUCCUGGAGCUGCUGGUUCUGGAGCAGUUCCUGGGCAUCUUGCCAGACAGGGUCCGUCCCUGGGUGGUAGCCCAGUAUCCUGAGAAUUGCAAGAAAGCUGCCUCCCUGGUGGAGGGUAUCUCUGACAUCCUGGAGGAGCCAGGAAUGAUGUUGUGUUCCCCGGGUGGGUCAUCAUCGUCAUUCAGCGAGGGAGACUAUGAGAGGUGUCCUGAGCCCCUGCUGCUACCAUGUGGGUUGCUAAGUCCCAGCAGAAACUUAAGACCUAGGGACAUCCUGGUACGCCGUGAUACUUCUCCCCUCCUUCCAGCCUGGCCUACGCUGGAAUCUGUGCAUUUGGAUCAAGAGCAUACAGAGGGAGGAAAGAGUGAAAAGGCCAACUCUGCCACUGUUGAGCUGAAGGAGCCUCUGCAGUCGGAAUGGGACCACCUGGAUCCCACAGAGGAUAACCUGACCAGUUACAGCAAGCUGCUCCUGUGGGGGUGUCAGUUUUCCCAGGCUGGUCCAUCUUCCAUGCUGGAGACAGAGAAAUCUUGUGUGGCGGAAGAACUGCCAGGGAGCAGCCUCCCAGACAGCACCGGGCAGCAGGAAAGCAGAGGAAAUGUGUGUGAAGAAGUCUCUUUAGGGGAGACACUGAUGGAGAGUCUUUCAGGGGAUGUUCCUGUUAGCCCUUUGAUAGAUACUACCCUGGAGGAGAGACAGCAACCUCAGAAGGCUUUGGAUGCUGAGGAUGAGGCUGAGGAUUCAAGCCCUACCAGUCCCCAGAGGCAAUCAGUCAUCCAGCAGUCAGCCCAGGACAAGGAUAGGCCACAUCAAGGCACUGGGACAAAGAGGCCCCAUCCAGAUGAUGAGGAGGAAGAGGACCCUGAGUGUCUUUCCAGCACCAGCAGCUAUCAGCUGCCAUUUGAUGCAGGGAAGGUGCUUCAUGUGGAUGGUGAUGAACCAUCUGGGAAGGACCCAGGAAUUUCUGCUGAGGGAUGCUCUGCAACUGAUGAAUUUAGUGCAUCUCAAGGGAAGCCCUAUACAUGCAGUGAAUGUGGAGAGGCCUUUGCAUGGAUCUCGAACCUUAUGGAGCAUCACAAGAGUCAUGGCAGUGAGACAUGCUAUGUGAGCCAGGGCUACUAGGAACCCUUACAGUUCAGCUUAGUUGUGGUCAAACACCCCAAGAGUCACAUACAAAACAACAAAAGAAAGCCACACCUAGAGCCCUUCUCUGCCACAAGCAAAACUCACUGAUGGGAAGAUUGGCAGCUUCUAGUGUGUGGGUGGUUUUCCUUAUACAACUUGAGGUGUAAGGCAAAGCAACUCUGCUAUGACUGUCCCAUAACAUGACAGUUGUAGCCUGAGUGAUCCUAAGACUCAUGUAGUAGUGGAUUCUUGUAUUUCUAAAGGCAUAUCUGUGCUUAUUUUCUGGAUGCUAACGUGCUCAUCAUCUUAGAAACACACUUUGGUCUGAUGUUAUAUCCUGUAAACUAUCACAUGUGUUGGAAGACUCCAUUUCUGCAGUACUUUAAUACCAUUCAUACUCUGGUCAUUUGACAUUGUACAAAGUGUUGAGUUGCCUUAAAGUACGUGAUCUGUUGGCGCUUUCUUGAGCCCUUCUUGCCUCAGUUGCUUCUCGAGCUCCUUGUUUGUUCACAUAUAAUUCUUGCCAUCUAUUUUGGCCUUUUUGUAAGUAUGUGAUGUCAGGUUUACUUCUGAAUCCUUAAGAGCAAAUGCUGUUUCUUAGUUCAAGUCACAUAUGUGGAGUGGCUUGCAAAGAUCACAAAAUAUGCUGAUUUCACACUGGGUUUGAGCCCAUUAGUGAGUUGUGAAGUCCGGUCAGUGGAUGGCCACUGAUACUACAAAACAAUGAAGUAGAAUGAAAGGUCAGAAUGCAUCAUGUAGUAAAAGCAAGUAUUUUUUUGUGAAACUUCUCAGCUGAGUAUCUGAGAGCUGGCUACCACAUUAAUUAAAUAUAUUUGUUAAUGGGUACAAGCAUACAGGUUGAAGAAACGAUCUGUAUCUGAGCUGAGAGAACCAAAUGUGGCCUACAUAGGUGAUCUUGUGGUUUUGCUUUUAACCAGAUUACAACAUUGUUUCUAUUGCCUGACCAUAAAUGUAAUUGCUCUGCAGAUACAGAAAGAGUGUCUUUUUCUGUCAGUGUUUGAGCAGGCAAUUUGUGUAACCCCCAAAUCAGAGGCUUACCAUAAUAAAGUAUUUAUUUCUUCAUUCA